UGUGGGGAUCCCUGCCCACCCCCCACUCUCCCCACAGUGUUCAACGUGGGGCAGUAUCGCCGCGAGGCCGUGCAGACCUACAAGAGCUACGAGUUCUUCCGGCCAGAUAACCACGAGGCCAUGGAGAUCCGCAGGCAGUGUGCUCUGGCCGCGCUGAAAGACGUCCAUACUUACCUGAGCUGUGAGGAGGGACAGGUGGCGGUGUUCGAUGCCACCAACACGACCCGGGAGCGAAGGGACACAGUCCUGCAGUUCGCUAGAGAACAUGGCUACAAGGUAAGAGCAGGGGCCAUGGGACGGUCCCAAGACACUGCUGCAGGGGAGUUCCCAGGCUCCCCCCGGGUGCUGCGUGGGACCAUUGCCACAAGAAAGCUCACAGUGCUGGGGGGUCAGUUGGGGGCACUGCUGGGGGAAGCUCACAGCACCAAGGCGGAAAGGCCCAGCGCUGGGGGGUCAGUUGGGGGCACUGCUGGGGGAAGCUCACAGCACCAGGGGGGAAAGGCCCAGGGCUGGGGGCCCCCGCUGCCCUCCCAGACUGGGCCCGAUUUCCUGACACCCCCCCCCUUCCCCUCCAGCUCUCUGUCCUACAUCAAGAUCUUCAACGUGGGGCUGCGUUACCUGGCGAACCGGGUGCAGGACCACGUGCAGAGCCGCACGGUGUACUACCUGAUGAACAUCCACGUCACGCCGCGGGCCAUCUACCUGAGCCGGCACGGCGAGAGCCAGCUCAACCUGCAGGGGCGCAUCGGGGGCGACUCGGGGCUCACCUCCCGCGGCAAGCAGGUGGGCUGCGCCCUGGCCAGCUUCAUCGAGAGCCAGAAGAUCCGGGACCUCAAGGUGUGGACCAGCCACAUGAAGCGGACGAUCCAGACGGCCGAGGCCCUGCACGUGCCCUACGAGCAAUGGAAAGCGCUGAACGAGAUCGACGCGGGCAUCUGUGAGGAGAUGUCCUACGAGGAGAUCCAGGCCCAUCACCCGGAGGAGUUUGCCCUGCGAGAUCAAGACAAGUACCGAUACCGGUAUCCCAAAGGGGAGUCCUACGAGGACCUGGUGCAGCGGCUGGAGCCCGUCAUCAUGGAGCUGGAGCGGCAGGAGCCCUCUUCUCACCCCACAGAGGAGCUGCCCUAUCUGAAAUGCCCACUGCACACUGUGCUGAAACUGACCCCCGUGGCAUACGGUUGCCAAGUGGAGUCCAUUUUCCUCAAUGUGGAGGCUGUGAACACGCACCGGGACCGGCCCCGGAACGUCGAAGUGACUCGGGAGCCCGAGGAAGCGCUGGGGACAGUGCCCCCCCACUACUAACUGCUCUCGCCCAGUAAAGCCAGCUCCCCUUCGCCGUG